AUGGAGUCGAACGGCUAUUCGCAGACAGAGGCCCUUCUGGAGCCUCUGACACAUAUCAACCGUGAGCAUCUGGCUGCAAUCACCGAGGCUGCUGUUGCGGACCACGACUUCGGUGCAUCAUCUCCAUCUAGUCCCGGUCAGAAGCGGAAACGUGGCGCCCCCGAUUCAUCACCUGAUUCCCGACGAGCAAAACGGACCGUGCCCACAGCUCCGAUGUCGAGCACACCGGAUCCUGCCUCAGCUGCCUAUGUUGAGAGCGCUGUUGAGGCAGCACAAGCCGCAGCGCAGGCUGCCACUCAUGCAGAUUUCGCUGCUCUCCAGCAAGCCACAGCUGAUCGUCACGACGCAUCUGAUCCUGCUAAUGCGUCAAGCACUGCUGCUGCUGCUCUCGGAACUCUGUAUCCCACCCUACACAUCCCACAGCCGACCGAGGAGACAUUUGCUGCCCAGGUUAUAGCAGAAGAACAGAGCAAUUCCGAGCCCUCAUUUGGUCAGAGUGAUAUGAUGCAAGCAGACGGCCUUCCCGAUACGUCAGCAAAUAGCCUCGGGCAACACUCACCAGAGAAUGGUGUGAGAUCUGGGCACUCUUCCUACUCGACUGGCGGAAGCAUUAAGCCUGCUGUAGGCUCAGAAGAGUGGCACAAACUGCGGAAGGACAACCACAAAGAAGUUGAACGCCGCCGACGGGAGACCAUUAAUGAGGGAAUCAACGAGCUUGCCAAGAUAGUACCCGCAUGCGAGAAGAACAAAGGUCAAAUACUUCAACGAGCAGUUGCUUUCAUCACUCAGCUGAAGGAGAACGAGGCGCAGAACAUAGAGAAGUGGACGCUGGAGAAGUUGCUUACGGAGCAGGCGAUCCAGGAGCUCAGCGCCUCGAAUGAUAAGCUCAAGCAGGAAUGCGAGCGAGCCUACAGGGAGUUGAUGAUAUGGAAGCAAGUGGCUCAGAACGCGGGACUCGAGCCUCCCCAAGCCAAGCUCGAUGCCGUGUCUUCCUCAUGA